AUGACUUCCGUAUAUUUUGGCCCCACAAACUCAGGGAACCAGGUCGGAAUUAAUCAGGGAACAAUUCAUCUGCCCCCAGAGCGACCGGAAACUCCACCGCCUCCUCUCUCGACCGUACCGUUCCGUCGCGACCCAGAUUUUAUUGAUUGUGGAUCACUCCUUGAUCAAAUCCAAGAAAAGGGCUCUACGCAAGGUGCUCGGGUAGCACUUGUCGGCUUCGGUGGUGUAGGAAAGUCGCAGCUUGCCAUAGAGUAUUGCCAUCGAGUUCGAGAUCGAUCGCCCGACACAUGGGUUUUAUGGAUUCAUGCAAGCAAUGCAACUCGCUUUGAGCAGAGUUGCCGGGAGAUAGCAGACCGAGCCAAGAUACCAGGGCGGCAGGACCCCAAGGCAAAUAUUUUCAAGCUACUCCACAAUUGGCUACACAAUACAAAGACUGGAAAAUGGAUCAUUGUCCUAGACAACCUCGACGACGAUCACUUUCUCCAUGCGAUACCUUCAACACAGUCCACCCUAGAACAGGACCAUAGUCUUCCCUCUGAACGAUCGAUCUGGUCUUAUCUCUGUCAAAGCUCGAUAGGCUGUGUUGUGAUAACGAGCCGGAGUAGAGGGGUGGCUUUAAAGACUGUGGAAGACUACGAUAUCAUUCCGGUCGAACCGAUGGACGAGGGCCAUGCAAUCUCGCUUUUUGAAAAGAAGCUCGGCGCACAACCUAACCGCUCCGCAAUUACCCAACUAGUCACAGCUCUAGAAUUUAUACCGCUCGCAAUUGUGCAGGCGGCGGCUUUUAUCAAGCAAAAAGCACCACGAGAGACAGUCACACAAUAUUUGGAAAGGUUCCAGAAAAGUGAUCGUCAGAAAAUCAAUCUUCUUAAAUACGAAGGUGGCCAGCUUCGCAGGGACCCAGAGGCCAAAAAUUGUAUCCUUCUAACUUAG